GUGCCUCACAAGCUCUGCCUCCCGAUGUGGGAGAGAGUCGAGGCUUUCCAGCAGCAUGAGUGUGUUUGCAGGUCAAUCUGGGAACUCCAGGGUAAUGGCUGCCUUCAGCUACUUAAAGACAUAGUUGCCAGCAAUCGGAGUAUUGUGAGGAGCAACCAAGGACUAGGGGCCAGAGUAUUCCGAGCACCGCUCUCUGCCAUCCUGCCAACCGAGCCUUUCUCCUGCUGGAUGUUGCCUGUCUCCGGAAGCCUCUCACCAUGAUCGAUAGCUCCAAGAAGCAGCAACAGGGUUUCCCAGAAAUUUUAACUGCUGGAGAUUUUGAACCUUUAAAAGAAAAGGAAUGCCUUGAGGGGAACAACCAGAAAAGUCUCAAGGAAGUGCUCCAACUGAGGCUGCAACAAAGGAGGACAAGAGAACAACUAGUGGACCAGGGCAUCAUGCCACCUUUGAAGAGCCCAGCAGCAUUCCAUGAACAGAUAAAAAGCUUGGAACGAGCCAGAACUGAAAACUUUUUGAAACACAAGAUACGGAGUCGACCAGAUCGUUCUGAACUUGUCAGGAUGCACAUUUUAGAAGAAACAUUUGCUGAGCCAUCCCUGCAAGCUACUCAGAUGAAGUUGAAAAGAGCUCGACUAGCUGAUGAUCUGAAUGAAAAGAUUGCGCAAAGGCCGGGACCCAUGGAGCUGGUGGAGAAGAACAUUCUUGCUGUGGACUCUGGUGUCAAGGAGGCAAUGAUAGGUGUUGGGAAGGACGACUAUCCCCACACUCAGGGUGAUUUCUCAUUUGAUGAAGACAGCAGUGACGCUUUAUCUCCAGACCAGCCAGCGAGCCAGGAAUCACAGGGGUCAGCUGCAUCCCCGAGUGAGCCAAAAGUUAGUGAAUCCCCAUCUCCUGUGACUACAAACACUCCAGCCCAGUUUACUUCAGUGUCCCCAGCAGUUCCUGAAUUCUUGAAAACUCCUCCAGCUGUGGACCAGCCUCCCACAAGGUCCACUGCUCCUGUCCUCCCCACGAACACUGUGUCCUCAGCGAAACCUGGCCCAGCACUGGUGAAGCAAAGCCAUCCCAAGAAUCCAAAUGACAAACACCGUAGCAAAAAGUGCAAAGAUCCUAAACCACGGGUAAAGAAGUUAAAGUACCACCAAUACAUUCCACCCGAUCAGAAAGGUGAGAAGAAUGAGCCACAGAUGGACUCCAACUACGCCCGCCUGCUCCAGCAGCAGCAGCUGUUCCUGCAGCUGCAGAUCCUGAGCCAGCAGCAGCAGCACUACAGCUACCAGACCAUCCUGCCUGCACCAAUCAAAAAUGACAAAAAUAACAGUGGGAAUUCAGCUUUGACCAAUAGCAUGCCCGGCACACCAAGACAGAAUCCAUGUGCUCCUGUGAGAAAGCCAGGACCUCUGCCUUCCAGCUUGGAUGACUUGAAGGUAUCGGAACUGAAGACAGAACUAAAGUUGAGGGGUCUGCCAGUGUCGGGCACCAAACCAGACCUCAUUGAGCGCCUGAAACCCUACCAGGAGGUCAACAGCAGUGGCCUUGCCUCUGGCAGUAUUGUGGCAGUGUCAUCAUCGGCCAUCGUCACCAAUAACCCAGAAGUCACUGUGGCAUUGCCAGUCACAACCCCACAAAACGCUGUGACUAAUUCAGUCUCUACUUUGAAGGCAGAAGUGCCGACUACUGCACCCACCAACACAGCCCAUGCUGAAAACAUUCAUUCCCCUCUGCCAAUCUCCCCCUCGCCCUCCGAUCAGUCCAAUUUGAGUACUGACGACACAAACAUGGCAGACACUUUCACCGAGAUCAUGACCAUGAUGUCUCCCUCACAGUUCUUAUGCUCCUCUCCCUUGAGAGUGGCAAACCAUGAAGACAGCCUGAGCCCCACCAGCAGCACCCUGUCAAACCUGGAACUGGAUGCUGCCGAGAAGGAUCGCAAGCUUCAGGAGAAGGAGAAGCAAAUCGAAGAGCUGAAAAGGAAACUGGAACAAGAGCAGAAGCUUGUGGAGGUUCUGAAAAUGCAACUUGAGGUGGAAAAACGAGGGCAGCAGCGGCCACCAGAACCCCACCCUGGCACCCCUGCUCCCUCUGUCACAGCAGAUCAGAAACAUGGCGGCCCUGGUUCUUCCAUCAAGGACGAGGCCUCACUCCCUGACUGCUCCAGCCCCCAGCAGCAUAUGCCUGUGGCCAGCCACUCUGUAGGCCAGCCCAUCUCUACAGGUGGCCAAACCCUUGUUGCUAAAAAGGCUGUAGUCAUCAAGCAAGAGGUCCCCGUGGCGCAGGCAGAACAGCAGAGUGUGGUCUCGCAGUUUUAUGUGAGUUCCCAGGGACAGCCUUCUGCCAUUGUCGCUCAGCCCCAGGCUUUACUGACCACGCAGACUGCUCAGCUGCUGCUCCCGGUGUCUAUCCAGGGUUCGAAUGUCACCUCAGUGCAGCUGCCAGUAGGCAGCCUCAAACUCCAGACUCCACCACAAACAGGAAUCCAGACUCAGCCUCAGACAGCAACUGCUGCACAAAUACCAGCUGCGGCCCUGCCCUCAGGCCUGGCCCCAACUGUACCUCAGAAACAGGAGGCUUUCCCGCAGCAUGUGCUCAGCCAGCCCCAGCAAGUCAGAAAGGUUUUCACAAACUCCGCACCAAAUACAGUUCUUCCAUAUCAGAGGCAACCGGCUCCAAGAGUCCAGCAGCCCUUUAUUAGUAAGGCCUCCAACUCUGUUCUUCAGGCCAGAAACCCUCCACUUUCAUCCCUGCAAAACGGACCCAACGCUCCCAGCAAGCCUAGCUCACCCCCUCCACCCCAACAGUUUGUCAUCCAGCACUCUCUGUUUGGGACCCCAGUCACCAAGGCAAAAGACCCACCCCGCUACGAAGAGGCCAUCAAGCAGACACGCAGUGCACAGUCCCUUCCAGAGAUUUCCAACGCACACAGUCAGCAGAUGGACGACCUAUUUGAUAUCCUCAUAAAGAGUGGAGAGAUUUCCCUCCCUAUAAAAGAAGAGCCUUCCCCAAUUUCCAAAAUGAGGCCAGUGACAGCCAGCAUCACCACCAUGCCAGUCAACACAGUGGUGUCCCGGCCACCACCCCAAGUCCAAAUGGCACCACCUGUGUCCUUAGAACCUAUGAGUAGUUUAUCCGCCAGCUUAGAGAACCAACUAGAAGCCUUCUUGGACGGAACUUUACCUUCAGGCAGUGAAAUGGCUCCACUACAAAGCAGCAGUGAAGACAGGGAACCCUUCUCCCUGAUCGAGGAUCUCCAGAACGAGCUGCUGAGUCACUCUGGCAUGCUGGGCCACGCACACUCACCCAUGGAGACCUCCGAGGCCCAGUGUGCCGCAGGGGCUCCCUGUCUGUCUCUCGACCUCUCAGACUCCCACCUGGACAGCAUGGAGUGGCUGGACAUCACCAUGCCCAACACAUCCUCGGGGCUCACUCCCCUCAGCACCACUGCACCAAGCGUGUUCUCUGCGGACUUUCUAGACCCACAGGACCUCCCGCUGCCAUGGGACUAACAUCAUAGGCUGCUUGUCUCAGAAUUCAUGAGGUUUCAGAAUAUGAAGAAGAUUCUAAGAGGUCAGUUUUUAGAGAUAGAUCCAUAGUUGCAUUGUUGCAAUUAAAACACGUAAUAGAAAGAGUAGCUAAGAAGGUCAAGGCCUGGAAACCAAGUUUGAAACCUUUCAUUGCAUUCAGCAGUGAAUUCCUACAAUAUAACAUGGCACAGGGCCUUCUGAAACACUAGUCCAAGAAGACUCGCCUGGUUCUCCAGACUGCAGUACAGAAGGAAAAGUACCUUUAAAGACAUGAGAAAGGGUAAGACAUGCAGGAAAAUGACACUAGGAUUCUCUGGUAAUCAACUACAUGUAAACCUCUGUGGUCACUGGGACCCUAAAUAAAAGGCAGACAGCUCCACUCACAAACCAAGGCCGCAGUGAGGGAGAGGAAAGGUCUCUGCAGGAGCCACUUCCUAGAGAUGGCCUGAGCCAGCCGGGCACAGCGGGGGGUCGGAGAGUGGAGAGUGCUGCCCAGCUUGGUUCGACAGCUUCCAAAGGAAGACUUUUGCUCCACUCAGAAACCUGUGAUUUUUUGUUGUUGUUGUUGUAGUUUAUUUUGCAAUUUUUGGAAUCUUACUUUAGAAUUCCAAAUUUAAAUGGAAGAUAUUUCACCACAACCAUAUGUCUACAAGAUAUUGUCAGACAAUCCACUGUAAAAAGUCCAGGUAUAUUGAUAACACUGAAAAUUCUAUUAGCAGCCAGCCCUCUGGGUUGAUUCGAUUGGUUUUAAUGUGUAUAUUAGGCAUUUAUAUGUACACUCUGACUUUGUGAUUUGUAUAGCUGACGUUAGGGUAAGGAAAUGGGUAUCCAGUGGUCCUACUUUAAGAACUCAAUAUUUCUAGAGUACUUGAGCCACAUGUAUUUUCAUAUUUAAAGAAUUGCUGACUAACUUUCAGGUAACCAGACCCAUCUCAAUGAACCAAGAAAAGGCUAGCAUGAAAUGUCUUUCUGAGCUGGUGAAUUAGAAGAAUGGAAGGUAAGGGGGAAGUCUUCUGUGAACCAGGACCAGGACAUUCCCACCUCAAGUCCAAGUUAGACUGUCCAUGAGCUUGGCCACCAGACCCAGCUCUGGCUGUCUUUGUCACCAGUCCCUGGUUAUCAUCUUACAGGCUUGUAACUGGAUGUCCUACCCAAGCUCUCACUGUAUUAUCAAGCCUAAAUAUCAAAAAACUGGAGGUUUUAUUAAUGUUUUUCUAUAUUUAAAAAAAAACUAUCACAUUUGUCAAGUAGUUUAAGAAAUUUUCUGAAAUGCCAACUAUCAAGAUUUCCCAAAUUAUUUUGAUCUAGUAGUUUUAGGUAUAUAUAAAAUGUAAAUAAUGGAACAAAAAACUGAAAUCUUCCAAACAAGGGUGGAGGGCUUUACUAAAUAAUGACACUGUGCCGUCUCCUCACCCUGUGUAGGCCCAAGGGCCAGGUUGAUUCCUGGGUUAUUAGACGGUGGAUGCUCCACACAGUGAUACGCAAGAGGCAGCCUGACCCAUUGUUUGGGAAGAAUUUGUGAAUCAUUUCUGGAUUUGUGUUUUGCCUAAAAAUAUAAUUCUUUUUUGGUCUAUAAAUUUUACUAUAUGUAAGAAAAGUCCACCUUUCCAACACUAGCUCCCUGGAGCCCUCUGUUAACUGCACUUUCUGGCUUGAAGGUGCUGAUGGUGCUGACAUGCAAGGCAGAGGCCACUGUGCUCAACGUAGUCAGUGAUGAAACUGGCAACCCACCCCAGGGUACGGCAAGUCUAUGACCAGCUCCACCCAGGCAGAUGAGGGCUUCCCAGCAUAGCUAAUGGGACCCAGGUCAGUUCCCGGGUAGGGAUGGUCUCCAGAGCCAGGUUAUCACUUGGGAAGUGACCUUCCCUAUGGAAGGUCUUAGCCCUGGAUUUUUCUGAGGGCUUCUGUCUGGGGUUCAUCAGGUCCAGUCUCCUAGCACCUUCUUUGUUCAGAUUUUAAUAGUGUGUUAAUUAGCACCGACUAGCAGUGGGACUGUAGAAGGCAACUGAACACCUUGUGCUCCUAACGCCUGUUGAGUGACUUCCUGGUUCCAUAAUCCCGAGUUGCAUGCACAGAUCGUUUUCCAGCCCUCGGGUCCCUUCAUCAGUAGGGACCUGAGAACUUGAAACACACCACAUCACGCAGCACAAAGAAUUGUUAGCAAUGUGUAGUCAAAGAGCAGCCUACAUGCGCUUGAGCCUUGGUGUGCAGCGUCUCGUCCUCCAGAAGGCAGUGGGCCUGCAGCACCUCCCACAAGCAGCCAUCCCACUCGCACCAUUCCACUUGGCCCCCCUUUCCCAGCCCAAGUAGCCAGCAGGCACCUGGGACACAGUGCCACUUUCCAGGGCCUCACCCCCAUGUCCAGGUAAGGGCGAGCACAUGGGCAGUGUGUUGGCGCGCAUGUGACACAACCAAAGACCACUCUGCACACCAGGCCUUUGACCUGGCAGAGGUGAUGUGCACGAACUAAAGGUGGCUUUCUGCUGUUGGAAGCUAGUUUCAUAGCCAUUAAAGCACAGGACAAAACAUAGGACAAAGUCGAAUUCUCACUAUGCAUGUGUGUGGUUCAGAUGUGCUGCUGUUGUACAUCAUAUUGCAAAGUACUCCAUUGCCAAGGAAACAGGCCUAGAAACAUUGUCACACCCAUCUUAUUUCCCUGCAUAGUCUCAACACAGUAGCAUAGACCUUCCCUUCUACUAUAAUCAGGUCAACUUCUUGGGGGUGGGGUAGAUAAAAAGAACGAUGCUAAAGCUCCUAGAAAGGCUUGGGGUGGGGGGGGGGUCAUCCUGCACAUCUCAUUGUAGCGUCUCCUGGGAGUCAUCUUAGGUCGACGUUGGUAGAUCAUGUUCCAGCAUGUUCCCUGAAAUGUGCAAGCUACCUUAUAGGAUUUGCCACAUAUCUACAUAGAUUCAGAAUUUGUGGAAUUUUUUUGUGGAGUUACUAUGUGUUUCAUGAAUAUCUUUGUAAUAUUAAUAGGUCUUAUUUAAAUUUCCUUUUUGAAAACCAUGGGGUUCUGUGACCCAUGUAACUGACACUUGCUGGCUUGUGAGUGCUAAUCAGGAACAGUGGCAGAGGUGCUGCCCCAGCUGCUGCCUACAGAAGGCAAGGUCACAGAAAUAAGGUGGCAUCCCCAGGCCUUGCAGUCCAGACACCCAGUGGCGCACAGGAAGACGUUUCCCAUUUUGUGGCCAGAGCCAACUUGGGCUUCCCUCACCCCUGCUCCCAGUCAUUCCAGGCAGCACAGCCGUCUUCAGAGUCCUUUCAGAAUUCCCAGGCUGACCAAGCCACCGCAGCUGGUGAAGCAGCUAUCCCCACAGAUGAUGAUAAGGACUUGAGCUCAGAGGUGGCAGAGCACUAUGGCAGGGUUGAAAGUGUCAGAGGAACCCACAUGUCAGCAUUCACCCUCCCUGCCAUUUCUGCAGGCCAUGAGGUCCAAGCCCCAGAAGCACCUGGCCAGUCAGGCAGGAGCCUGUGGCACACUGGAGACUUUAAGGACAUUUGAAGAGAAUAGGUUUUAAGUGUCACCAGCAGGAGAACACGAGGUCCUUUAAUCAAAUUCACCAACAGCUCCCUUUUUUACUAUCAUUCACUAUACACAUGAAUGUCAAAUACUGGCAACAGAACGCCAAGUGCAAUUGACCCACUGCCCCAGAGGAUGCAGAAUUAGCACAAGAUGAUCCAAGAACAUGAACUGGAAGGUUAGGCUUGUCGAGGAGCACCGCCUACGAAGUUCAUAAGUGUGUCUCGAGAGCACCCUCGCUAUACUUCUGCCGGUCUUUUAAGUGACUUUAACCAAAACUGGAAAGUAACAAUUAAAAUAGUCUUUUUUUUCUGGUUCAAUCUUUGAUCACUUGCUCAUUGAACAAUCUUUCUGGGCUGCUGUUCUUAUUUGUGACAUGACCAUGUGGCAAUAAGCAGGCCCAUGUUUCUUCCCCAUUCACCCUUUCUUGCAGUAUCUGAGAAAAUGCAUCCUUGCAAAGGUUUCUACCCGAGAUUUUUUAUGGCCUGUAAAUCAAAAAGCUGCACGUGUUUACAAAAGAGCUUCAUCCUCCACGCACAUACAUUGCUCUGUGAACGUGAUGGGAAGCACCGGAGUUUGGUGGCAGUAGGAUGGCAGGCAGAUCCACGGGUGCUACCUGGACUCCAGCAAAACAGCCAUUGGUGAUAUCAGCACAGCCACAGGGUAACAGAGCUUCAUGCCAACUGCUGAGACUAAGCUUUACCCAGGUGUCUAGAAUCCCCAAACAGAACAAUUACCUCUCUGCAUUAUGCUGUAAGAAAUCUUGCUAAUUUGGUAGGAAGAGGAAGCACUUAGGAAAAGGUUUAGAGUCUACCAAGAGUACUUGACCUCAAGCAACCCAUAGUGAUGCAAAAUGCUUUAAAACGGAACCAAAGGCAUUGCCAAGUAUUUGCCAAAAGGAGGCACUUUUUAUUUAAAAUUUGAGACUACGGAGAUCUCAAAAUAUCAGUCCCAAAAAGGUAUUAUCCAUUUAAGGUUGUAAUUUUCACAGAGAUGUAGAUAUUCUCUAUUUUCAUGUAAAAUAGUUUAGAGUUGCUUUGUUGGUUUAGGAGUAGUACAUAUUCAAUAGUAACAAUUUUUUUUCCUUCCCCUGUAAGAAUCAGUUUUUUUUUUGCUUGCAAUAGAAAUGCAGCGUGAUAGGUGUUUCUCUUAUUUUCAUUGUCACGUUAUGUCUUAGCAUCUCACUUUAUGGGGGAAAAAAGGAGAAAGAUACCAAUCUGCAGAGCCCUGCUCAUUACAACACUAGUUUAAAAAAUUUUAAAAAAAUUAUGGCAGUCGGGGGUCCAUUCAUGUAUUGCCUUUCUGUUGUGUUUUUUUUUUUAAACCAUGAUGCCUUCAUUUGCUGUUUGCACCCCUGAAACCAGUUCCACAUCAUGUCUGAAUGCCAUACAUUUUGCACAUGUACUGUACAUAUAUGAAGCAUACUGUAUUUUUAUAUGUGUGCACAUUUAUCAUCAGAUCUUUUGUACAUAGUGGCAGUAUAGUAGCUGAUCGGGAAAUGUUUGAUAUAUCUCAGCGAUUUUGCAUUUUUGUGUCUCAAAUAAAAAAUUUUUUUUUGA